AUGCCAAGACAAAAAAUUAAUAACAGGCCUUGUUCGAUUUAUAAUUGUGAUAAAUAUCAGGCUAAUUUUCGUUGUCUAACUCAAUUAGCAAUAAGAAAAGCAAUUGUUAAACAAACUAUUCAACAAUAUCCAUACUUACAAAUAGGCCAACAAGUUUGUCAUUCUCAUUAUAUGGUCAUUGUUGAGAAUGAAAAUAUUGAGCAUGAAAAAACAACCAUUCCAA